UUCACCGAGCGGCACCGGCUGAAGUACUUGUACGGCGCCGUAGUUCGUUCUAACAAUUGGAACUGCCGAGAAAACUAUAUCUUUUUUUAUGUUUAAUUUCGCGUAAACGCUAUCCGCGUUGCUGGUCACCGACACCAGAUCGUUAGACCAAAACGGUACUCGGGAACUCGAACGUCUCUUAGAUUUGCUGAGCUAACGAAGUCGCCUUGUGUAUUGUUGAUUGUACAUCGAGCUAAUCGGAGAGAUACUAAGCAACAAAUGACUCAACAAACAGAGAAAAUGUCAGAGCGCAGUGUAGCCAUUGGAAUUGAUCUGGGCACGACGUAUUCGUGUGUUGGCGUGUUCCGUCAUGGCAAAGUGGAAAUAAUUGCAAAUGAGCAGGGAAAUCGUACCACCCCAUCGUAUGUUGCAUUCACUGAGGCCGAACGGCUAAUUGGUGACGCCGCAAAAAGCCAGGUGGCUAUGAACCCGGCGAACACGAUAUUCGACGCUAAGCGACUUAUUGGACGUCGUUUCGAUGAUCCUGCAGUGCAGAAGGAUAUUAAACACUGGUCGUUUCAAGUCGUGGCCGACCAGGGAAAGCCGAAAGUUCAGGUCGAAUUCAAAGGUGAGAAUCGGACCUUUCUGCCAGAAGAGGUCUCGUCAAUGGUGUUAAUGAAGAUGAAGGAAAUCGCUGAGUCUUACCUAGGAAAUACGGUAACCGAUGCCGUUAUCACAGUACCGGCAUAUUUCAACGAUUCGCAGCGUCAGGCAACGAAAGAUGCGGCCUUGAUCGCUGGUCUCAAUGUGCUUCGUAUCAUAAACGAGCCAACGGCAGCAGCGAUCGCCUAUGGACUCGAUAAAAAGAAAGGCGCUGGUGAAGGCGAACGUAACGUUCUGAUUUUCGAUUUAGGCGGUGGAACGUUUGAUGUAUCUGUUUUGUCGAUAGAUAAGGGCAUGUUCGAAGUGAAAGCCACCGCUGGUGAUACGCACCUCGGUGGCGAGGACUUCGACAACUGUAUGGUAAACCAUUUCGUGAAAGAGUUUAAGAAUAAGACCAAAACUGAUUUGUCUACAAACAAACGGGCCCUUCGUCGACUUCGUACCGCAUGUGAGCGCGCGAAGAGGACGCUUUCGUCGUCGACACAGGCGUCGAUUGAGGUUGACUCAAUCUUUGACGGAAACGAUUUCUAUUCGACGAUCACCCGUGCACGCUUUGAAGAGCUCUGCUCUGAUCUGUUCCGUUCGACACUCGGCCCCGUCGAGAAAGCCCUUCGUGACGCGAAGAUGGACAAGAAAACAAUCCAUGAUAUUGUGCUGGUCGGCGGCUCAACACGGAUUCCGCGCAUUCAAAAGUUACUCCAAGAUUUCUUCAAUGGCAAGGAGCUAAACAAAUCGAUCAAUCCGGACGAAGCUGUCGCUUACGGUGCCGCUGUACAAGCGGCCAUCCUAGCCGGCGAUAAGUCUAAGGCCGUCCAGAAUCUUCUGCUUCUUGAUGUGGUGCCGCUGUCCCUUGGAACCGAGUUAAAGGGGGGCGAGAUGUGCACUAUCAUCAAACGAAACUCGACGAUACCGACGCGAAGGACGGAUAUUUUCACUACCUGCGAAAACAAUCAGACCAUUGUAUCGUUCGCGGUUUAUGAAGGCGAGCGAACUAUGGCUAGAGAUAACAACCUUCUAGGUGAGUUCGACCUUAAGGGAAUCCCGCCUGCACCGAGCGGAGUGCCCGAAAUUGAGGUAACGUUCGACGUUGACGCUAACGGGAUCCUCAAUGUGUCGGCAGUGGACAAAUCGACGGGCAACAAAGAGAAAAUCACCAUUACGAAUGACCGAGGGCGACUGUCCAAGGACGAUAUUGAUCGGAUGGUUAAGGACGCUGAAAGAUUUAAGGCUGAGGACGAGAAACAUAAAGCGCGCAUUGCGUCAAGGAAUGCUCUUGAAAAUUACGUCUACAGUGUAUCAGCGAGCCUCGAAGGCCCAGGCGCCGACAAGCUAUCAAAAACAGAUAUUCAAUCAGUGCUUGACAAGGUGGCUGAACUUGUCCAAUGGAUUGACGAUAACCAAUUAGCAGAGAAGGACGAAUUCGAGGACCGUCGCAGGGAACUUCAAAAGGUUGCGAUGCCUUUGAUGCUGAAGAUGCACCACAGUUCGCGGUAGCUGUUCCAUAAAGAAAACUAAGAGGAAAAUGGCAACCUCUAAGCGCCGUCUGAAAACAGGUGGAAAUCAAUUCAGUCAAUCAAUCCACUAACGGGCUAUGGACAAUAUGGUUUAUUCAAACCAAGAUCAAUGGUUAUCUCAAAAUAAAUUUUUGAACUUAAACUUGAAACCGUGCAGGGUUUCAAUAUGCUUUACA